GGGCACGCGUCGUGCGUGGCGGCGCUGCUGGCGCGCGGCGCGGACGCCGAGGCGCGCAACCGCGAGGGCGCGCGCGCGGCCGAGGUGGCGGGCAGCGCCGAGGCCGUUUGGGCGCUGGCCGAGGGCGCGCCGCGCGCGCUCAGCGGCGCCGCGGCCACGGGCGCCCUACGCCGCCUGGCGCGCGACGGCCGCCAGGAGGCCCUCGUCGCGCUGCUCGAGAUGGGCGUCGACGCAGACGCCGCCAACCCGGAGGGCUGGAGGCUGAAGCAGCGAAAUAUUGGGAGAGCUACUCUGAAGAAAAUUCUGCCCGGCAUCUGUUAA